AUGGAUUUAGAAAAAUUAAAAAAGAAACGAUCUGCUAUAAGAGCAGUAAUUACGAGGCUGAAAAAUAAGAUAGAAACAGAAAUUGCUAAUGAGGGGGAUAAAAAUGUAUUUGAAGAAAUGGUUGCUCAGAUAAUUAGUAAAGGAGAACUAAUCUUAGCGUAUAAUGGUCCCAAGAUGUGUCCAGACAUACUGGAAUUGCUUCUUAAGUUCCGUCAAAAUCGAAUUGCGUUUACAGCUGAUAUCGAACAAGUAUUCUUGCAGAUUUCUCUUGCUGAUGAAGACAGAAACGCAGUCAAGUUUUUAAGGAACGAUGGUGAAUUAAAUGGAACCAAAACAAAGGCUCUUCGUAUGACAAGGGUAACUUUUGGAGCAACAUCUAGUCUGUUUCUUCUCAGAGCAACUUUUAAUGUACACGCUGACAAAUACAAGUUUAUUUUCCAGUAUCCGAACGUAUUUUCCAUGCUAACUGAAAAUAUGUAUGUUGACGACUUACUCGUUGGAGCAAAUGAAGAAUCAGAACUUAUUAAACGCAUACUGAAAGAAGGUGGAUUUAACAUGUGGAAGAAAUUUACAAAAGGUAUGGAAUUAAGAAGAUUUUUCACAAGAUUCGACUUAUUCUAA